AUGGCUCACGGUUACACGUGCGUAGAACGCUUUCUUGAUGCAGCUCAAGAACCAACGAAGGAAUUGACCCCUAUUGAAGGCUAUGAGAAAACAAAUUUGAUGACACUUGAACAAUCUUUGCAACCAAUGCUUGCAAAGCUUCAUAACCUUGAGACGAUGAUUAAAAUAGCUAAGCGAAAUUCACGCAAACCAGUGAAUGGACUUACUCCAGAUGAAUCAGCCGCGAUUCAUCUGUAUACAAUGCAGUGGUCUGAAACACAUACCAGCCUUUACGCCAUGCUUAAUGAAGCACUUCGUUGUCAAAAUCGAAGGAGUCUCAUACAAUGGUUUGCGUACCUGAAACUUUUUCUUACUGCAUUGUAUAAGCUACCAUCAUUCAAAGGCACCAUUUGGCGUGGUGUUCGUGGCAAUAUGAUUGAAGCGUUCGAUGAAGAUCUAAUAUGGUGGGGAGUGAGCUCUUGCACUGAAAAAUUGUCAAUCAUUGAAGGCUUUCUUGGUGUCGAGGGUGAGCGAACAUUGUUCAACAUUCAAUGUAUCAAUGGCAAAGCUAUUCGAGCUCAUUCGCAUUUUGAGACAGAGGAAGAAAUUUUACUUAUGCCUGGCACCUAUCUCCAGGUAGUUGGAAAAUGCAGACCAUCCAAGGACUUGCACAUCAUUCAAUUGCGAGAAGCACCAGCUCCAUAUCAAACUAUUGUACCACCAUUUGAUACAUCGUCAGGCAAUUUGCCUUCUCUGGAACCACUGGUAAUAUCCAAAGAGUCAUCGAAAAUAUCAACCGCUUCUGCCGCACCCGCAAAAUCAUAUGGUGAAAUGCUUCUUCUUAUUUUUUUUCUCCAAGUUUACCUUUGA